AUGUCACUGAGCAUGCAGGGUUCCGGAAGAGAGUGCUGGGAAAACUCACCACGUAUGGAUAUCGACCUGCGCGCUUCCUUUUCACAAGAGCAACCCAUUCCAAGUAUGUUCUACUCCUUCCAAGAUUCAACUUCAAGUUCUUCGUCUACACCACUGGCACUCUUCACCUCCCUCCUCAUUGAACCCUUUCUGAGACCCCUCGCUCCAGGAUCUCUCGAGCGAGAAGCUGAACGCUCCGCGCAUAGACGCGAGCCCUCCAUCGACCAGGGCAUGAUUUAUCCCGAAGCUCGAUCCACCCUGCAAGACGGCGACUCGGAGUUUGGCGAGUUUGGCCGCAUUGACCCCACUGGCUGGUACACCCACUAUAAGACCUGUCUGCAACAUUUUGUCGAAUGCAGCCAAUUCAAUCCGACUAUCCAGUCCAUCGCUGCCUUCAUUAACAUUCGUCUACCUGUUCAACAUCCUGUCGACCCGACCAACUCACAACCUGCCACCUCAUUUAUCUCUCUUCGUCCUUACGUGCGCCGUUUAAUUAUUACCGCGCAGGACACGCCUGUCAACAUGCUUGCUUUCUUUGGCCCGGACUGGGAAGCAGGUGUUGGUUGUAUUUACAAACAAGAGCGCACUAAUUACCUUUUCACGGCGAAAAGUAGUGGUUGGGCGGAUACGAAGGCUUCCUAUGAUAUUCUGCCCGACGAACAGACUCCAUUUUUGCGCCCUCUACGCGACCCCUCUGAGGAUGAGAUCCGCGCUGCAGAGGCCCGGUGGAGUGAGUGGCUAGCAAUGGAGGAUUGGAUGGUGGGGGCACGCAGUCCGUGGUAA